ACGCUGCUCUUAUAAAAGCCUGUAAGGUUUGAAUCAGGGUAUAAAAACUCAAAACAUCAAACACGGAAAGGAGAAGGAAAUAGUCAUCGAUGUACAAUAACCAACACACCGAGCAACAAACCAACAGCUGACAAAUCACUUAAACAUCAUGUCAAGAAGGAAGGACAUUGUAAAAGGGGGUGCACCUAUACAGAGAAUUCGAGAAAACUCGAGACUAAUGCGCACCCACGAAACAAUGGUGGAUUAUAUAAAUGGACGUCAUCCUAAUGACUCCAUCAUGAAUGUCUUAACCUCUGGUUUAUUUGGUCUAGAUUUUAGAUCCUACGACCUGAAUGACGACAUCAUAUAUUCCGACGAGGACGAUGAUGAAGAUGAUGAUGAUUCUUUUUAUUCACACAUGGCUGCUCACAGGCCUUUAGAGCCACAUCCGCGAAUAACACAACUCACUGACGAGGAGGCUGAUAAACAUGCAAAGGAACUGAUAGCAGAAGAAGAGCGGCGUAAGGAGAAAACGGAGAAGAACAAGCGUAAAAAAAUGCGUAAAAAAGAGAAGAAACGACUAGAGAAGGAGAAUGCAUCAAAAGACAUUUUACCUGAGGAAGAACAAGGCAAGUCCGACUCCUCAGAAAAUAAGGAACAAAAUCCUAUUUUUGAAAGUAAUGCAGAAGGAAAUGAAUUUCCUGAAUGUGGUAAAACUCAAAAUGGACCUGCGGCUGCUGGAGGUGACGGAAGCGGUGGUAAUAAUAUAGGAGAAGAAAAUCUUGUGAAAAUGAAUAAGAAAGAAGACGAGGAGCAAAAGGAUUUGGAUUUAAAUAAUUCAUGUGCUUCUACUGCUAAAUCGGUGCCUGAGGAGACGUGUAACCAAAAGCCUGCAAAAGACAGAAAAAAGGAAAAAAGUAAAUUAUCUGAAACUCAGCUGCUCGAAGAGGAAAAACCAAAAAUUGUGGAAAAACCUGAAGUCCAAAAGAAUCAGGAGGAGAAACAUGAACCCAGUAAAGAGAAAACAGUAGAUCCAACUGCAGAGGAGUAUGCAAGAAGAAGCAGAGAGCUGGCUGCUACAGGAAAUCGUCUGGCUGCCUCUCGUCAGUAUGACAUGGCAGUGAAGUGCUUUACAGACGCAAUUAAAUUCAACCCAAAGGAAUUUAGGUUGUUUGGGAAUCGGUCCCUCUGUUAUGAAAGACUGCAGCAGUAUGAAAACGCUCUCAGGGAUGCUGAUCUAGCACUUUCCAUGGAGCCAAACUGGAUAAAAGGUUUAUUUAGGAAAGGGAAAGCUCUGUGCGGGCUCAAGAAAUACUAUGAGGCCUCGCUGAUCUAUAGGGAGGUGUUGAAUCUGGACAGUUCGAGCGCUGAAGCCACGCAAGAGCUCAAACGAGCGCAGACAUUGCACCUCAUGGAAAUGGGCUUCACCUGGCCACAGAGCACCGAGGCCUUGAGAGCUCACGCCACAUUAGAGGAAGCCGUUGAAGCUCUGUUUGCUGGCGACGGUAACCAGUGUCCUCCAGACGCCGGUGCCAGUUGGGACAACGCAGAACAACCAGUGGUGCAGGAAGAAGUUGAGGAUGAGGGAGAGUGGAUUGUCCUACAAGCGAGCCGUCCUCGAAUGCAGCAGGUCAGAGAUUUCGACGCUCUGGUCCACAGCCGAUCGAAAUCUCAGUCGCCAACCCCUCAUUCAAGGAAUUCUGUGAAACCGGAGCUUUUCUCCAUUUGGGUUGGAUCCUUGGCUCCUGCUGUCACCUACGCAAUACUUCACGAGCUCUUCAGCAGAGUCGGGGCAGUUUACAGCAUCAAGAUGCUGCUGGAACAUCAAUGUGCCUUUGUGAACUACACAAGAAAGGAAGACUGUGACAGAGCCAUUCAGUGUUUUAAUGGAAUGGUGGUAGAAGGGGCUCCACUAGCUGUAAGAUAUCCCAGUAGAGGCCACAAUGGCCUGGGCACGUACAAAUCAGCUGCCAACGACCCCUUUUCACGGCCUGGCCCAUACAAGAAGGAGUGCUUUUUCUGGAGGACCACGGGCUGCACGAGGUCGGAUUGCACUUUCAGACACGUUCCAGAGCACAAGAACAUCGACAAGGAUAAAUUCACCGGUCGACUGGGUCAUAUCAACAUGUAGGAAAUCAAAAAUGCCAAGAAAACGCUGAGGUUUGACACUGUGGUGGUGCCAACCCGGGCUGUUUAUAGUCGCCUCUGUUUUGCUCUUGGCUUUGGUUCUUGUGACGGUUCGACUGCAAAAAGAAAAAAGAAAACUUGUGUUUGACAUCCUGCUGCAGUUUCGAAAGUUUUUUCACUUUGACGGCCCACCACUGUUGCAUGAAAACAAAGGACACACCAAAAUGCAUCAAUGCUACUGUAUUAUAGUAAUAAUUCAUGUGCCUUUUUAUAGAUACAUUUAAUAUGUGCAUCAAGCUAUGAUUGUUCCUUUGCAAUUUUGUCAGGGAUUAUUUAUGAUCUGAUCUGUUUAAAGAUUGUGUUUAAAACUCUUGCUUUUUACUUUCAUUGCAUUUUAAAAAUAGAACGGACAGAUAUUUAACAGAUAACUUCUGAACAGAUAUAACAGAUAUUAACAGAUAUUUCUGUUGACUUUCAGUCACCACCAGGUGGCAGCAUCGCUUUUAUCCCUUAACUUUAGGGAAACAAACUGUUCUGCUUUAAUUUUAAAGGCUGUGAUUGAUGAGUAGUUAUGCUGUAGGCACAUUUAUUGUGCCAUGUUUAAUUUUUGAAUCUGUGAAUAAGACUGCUGGGUUUGUUUUGUGUGUUGGGUGACUAAUGGUUCAGCUGUGUGCGUUAUGUAUAAAUUUUGACUUGCCCAGUCUGGGAUCUGAUCUGUUUAAGUUGAGUGUCGUACAACAAGUGCCCUUUAGUAGCACAAUGGCUGCAGUUUUUAUCACGGAUGAGCCCAGAGGGAAUUAAAGCCUCAACUGUGA